AAAGACUACUCAGAGAAUUGUUUGAUUGAAGAGGCAGCCAUGUAGCCUGAAUCAGGUGUAUCUGUGGAAAUAGGAAACUGUAUUUUGGUGCACUCCUGCUUCCAAAUCACAGAACUACAACUCCUUCAGCAGAAAUUUUCUAAGCUUCCCGCCCCAGCCAGAGACCAAGAUUCUGCGGUGCACAUAGUCAAGGGUUGCUAUGGAGUCCAACGCGGCCCAAAACGGAAGUGGUCCCUGAAAAUUUCUUUCCUAGAAAACUUGCAUUUGAAAAACAAUGCCAUUCCAAUUCGCCUUUUCCUAAAGUAAACUCAUAAAUAGAGACAACCAAACUUUCGCUCUCAGCCCAGAGAACGACGCUCUCCUCCCAAGAGGAACCUCGGCUCUUCCGCGGCAGAAGCUGCACGGAACCAAGAAGCCGCGGGCGCUGGUUCUCCAACGAGCUUUUCUCCCGUACGUACCAGCCUCCUGGCGGGGUUGCCGUGGAGACAGAGCGUGCUGUGUGGAUGCGGCGAAACGCUGUGGCGCGGCCUUUGCUGUCUGGUGGGGACUCACAAGACCGACGUCAAGAUGAUGCUUUCAAGGGCCAAACCUGCUGUAGGCAGAGGCGUACAGCACACUGACAAAAGAAAGAAGAAAGGUAGGAAGAUUCCAAAACUAGAGGAGCUACUUUCAAAAAGAGAUUUCACUGGAGCUAUUACCCUGUUGGAGUUCAAACGUCAUGUUGGAGAAGAAGAAGAGGAUACUAAUUUGUGGAUUGGAUAUUGUGCCUUUCACCUGGGUGACUACAAGAGAGCUCUGGAGGAAUACGAAAAUGCUACAAAAGAGGAAAAUUGUAAUUCUGAAGUCUGGGUGAACCUAGCUUGCACCUACUUCUUUCUUGGGAUGUAUAAACAAGCUGAAGCAGCUGGAUUUAAAGCUUCAAAAAGCCGACUCCAAAACCGCCUCCUCUUCCACUUGGCUCACAAGUUUAAUGAUGAGAAAAAAUUGAUGAGCUUUCAUCAAAAUCUUCAGGAUGUCACAGAAGAUCAACUCAGUUUGGCCUCAAUCCACUAUAUGCGAUCUCACUACCAAGAAGCUAUAGAUAUAUAUAAGCGAAUACUGCUAGAUAACAGGGAAUACCUUGCCCUCAAUGUUUAUGUGGCCCUCUGCUACUACAAGUUGGAUUACUAUGAUGUGUCUCAAGAAGUUUUGGCUGUUUACCUUCAGCAAAUUCCUGAUAGUACCAUCGCACUCAAUCUUAAAGCCUGUAACCAUUUUCGCCUUUACAAUGGCAGAGCAGCUGAGGCAGAACUCAAAAGCUUGAUGGACAAUGCUUCUUCAUCCUUUGAAUUUGCUAAAGAACUCAUCAGGCACAAUCUGGUUGUUUUCCGAGGAGGUGAAGGGGCUUUGCAGGUUUUACCUCCCCUAGUUGAUGUCAUUCCUGAAGCUAGACUAAACUUGGUGAUUUACUACCUUCGUCAAGAUGAUGUACAAGAAGCUUAUAACUUAAUUAAGGAUCUGGAACCUACUACUCCUCAGGAGUAUAUUCUCAAAGGAGUGGUCAAUGCAGCCCUUGGCCAGGAAAUGGGUUCAAGGGAUCAUAUGAAAAUUGCCCAGCAGUUCUUCCAGUUGGUGGGAGGAUCAGCUAGUGAAUGUGAUACAAUACCAGGGAGGCAGUGCAUGGCUUCCUGUUUCUUCCUGCUUAAGCAAUUUGAUGAUGUUUUGAUUUACCUCAACUCAUUUAAGAGUUACUUCUAUAAUGAUGACAUCUUUAACUUUAAUUAUGCCCAAGCCAAAGCUGCAACAGGCAAUACCAGUGAGGGCGAAGAGGCGUUCCUCUUGAUCCAAAGUGAGAAGAUGAAAAACGAUUACAUUUACCUCAGCUGGUUAGCUCGGUGCUAUAUUAUGAAUAAGAAACCAAGACUAGCCUGGGAACUUUAUCUUAAGAUGGAAACCUCUGGCGAGUCCUUCAGUCUCUUACAGCUCAUUGCUAAUGACUGCUACAAGAUGGGCCAGUUUUACUAUUCUGCCAAAGCUUUUGAUGUCCUUGAGAGGUUGGAUCCUAACCCUGAAUAUUGGGAAGGCAAACGGGGUGCCUGUGUGGGCAUUUUCCAGAUGAUCGUAGCUGGGAGAGAACCCAAAGAGACCCUUCGAGAAGUGCUCCAUUUACUGAGAAGCACAGGUAACACCCAAGUAGAAUACAUGAUCCGGAUCAUGAAGAAAUGGGCCAAAGAAAACAGAGUGUCCAUCUAAAAUAGCUCCAGCGUCCUAGGAACCAGCUUCUACUUUGACAUAAAACUGGAAAUCAUUUUCACUCCAGUUUAAUCUGUGAUACAGGGCUCUGUUUUGUUGACAUUUUCCUUCCUUGCUCUUUAAGCCUCAAGGUCAGAGACUGACUUGCUGAGACUUAGUCUCCUGGCUGAAAGAGUGCCAUAGUCUGUGACCCUGUAUGAUCCUAGUAGCAAUAAGACUUUGGACUUAUCUGGUGCCUUUCUUCCAAAAAUGCUCAGAGUACUUUUAUGCAAUUUACUGACUUUAAGGAAAACAGUAUAACUUUUUUUUGUUAGCAUUUUAUGGCAUUGUCUCCUGGCUGCAAUAACAAACAUCUUUGAUGUUCCAGAAUCAGCAUCAUUGUAUCAUUUAACUUUAAGGCAUCUCUGUACGUUAUCCCAUUUUAUUGGGGAAUUCCAUAAAGGGUUUUAUAACUUCACCUCUGAAUCUUGGGAGAAUAACUAGCUAUGUGUUUCUAGGAAUGGCAGUAAGCUACUUUAUCAAACUGUCCAGUCAUUAAUAGGAUAGAUUUAUGGGAUUACUCUUUCAGUAAUUAAAUUGUUGAUGAUAAUAACAUGUUACAGUGCAGUAAGAUGAGUAUUGCAAUGUUUUAAAAGGUGAGUACUAUGAAAAAAAUUGUAGUACCUCUAAAAGUAUUCAAGAAACAAUGUUUAUGAAUCUCACUAGUCCAUUAUAUUUUGGUACCAUAAUUAUUUUAGGUAACAAAGCAGGUUAGGUUUUUGUUAAUGUAUCUUGCUGAACAAACAUCAGUUUUUGUUGUUGUUGUUGUUUUUGAGACGGAGUCUCGCUCUGUCGCCCAGGCUGGAGUGCAGUGGUGCGAUCUCGGCUCACUGCAAGCUCCACCUCCUGGGUUCACGCCAGUCUCCUGCCUCAGCCUCCUGAGUAGCUGGGACUACAGGCGCCCGCCACCACGCCCGGCUAAUUUUUUGUAUUUUUAGUAGAGACGGGGUUUCACCGUGUUAGCCACGAUGCUCUCCAUCUCCUGACCUCGUGAUCCGCCCGCCUCAGCCUCCCAAAGUGCUGGGAUUACAGGCAUGAGCCACCGCGCCUGGCCCAAACAUCAGUUUUGAAAGUAGGGCUACAGUGAUUUAUAUGUAUUGUGGGCACUUAUUAAUGUAACGAUAAUAAAACAUGAAUCGUAUAAAGUCCUUUGAGGGAAUCUCCUAAUGUCUAGGCUCUCUGUCGUAAGUCAUAUUCCAGCCCCAUGCUUCUGCGCUCUUAUAACAUAAACCUACUAUACAACUGAGCAUUCUUAAGCUCACAACCUAUUUCCAGAAAAGAGACCCACAUCUUUCUAUGUUUUAUACUACCUUUGUUUUUACACCAUAUAGUUUUUUUCUAUUAGUUUAAGGUACCUAGUGUUACAGGUCUAGAAAGUGCAGAGCCAUCCCUACCUAGAAGAGAAUAGAUGGGAAGAGAACUGAAAGAAAGAAUUCCUCAAGCACUGAAGUCAGGAAAAUCCCUGUAGGCACUGUAUUAGUUGUUCCACUUAUCCCAGCACUCCACUUGUGGAUGAAGGAGUUGUAUAGAAAGGAGAUGAGAAAAUGGCAGGAGUGGAAGCAGCCAAGAAGAGAUCAAUGACUGAAGAUCUCCUUCACCUUCAGGACUGUCUCAAGGGGUUAUUUCACCUCUACUCAUGAAGAUGGCCAGUUUUUCUGUCUUUUAUCUUUAGACCCAUAUAUAAUCAGUUCAGAGCACAAAUCAAAAUAAACUGGCCUAAAUAACUGAAUUCUAGGAAGCAAAGCUACAUCUUUUUUCAUAUGCCAAAGCUUCUGUUUCCUCAUGUUGUUCCUACUUUUUAAAUAAUAAAUGGCUCUCAGCAUCUUAGGAACUAGGUGGGUCCCAUCUGGGUAGAACCUGCUAUAAUUUUUAGAAUCAUUCUUGUAAUUCUUACCUCACUUAAAAUAUUAGGAAACACAGUAAUAGAAAAGACAGGGAGAACUGGUCAGCAGGUUUUGGCAGUGAAAUUUGUCUUCCAGUGAAUUGCUAUUAUUUUCAAAUUGCCUAUAGUCAAAAAGCUUUUCCAUUGAUGGAGACUUACUUUCAAAUGAGCUUGUGUUGAAUUCAACACUCUAGAUUCUCUCUGACAUUUUCCUGUCUUUUGGGGAAAAAAAGCAGAUAUUCCAAAAAUGGCAGCAAUCUAAUUUUUGUAAACUUUUUCAUCUAUAGGAUUGAGCCAAAAAACAUACAUACUAUUUUAAAGAAAGGUACCAUCUAAUUCUUUUAUUAAAGAUAGCUACUUCUGAAAUGUCUUAACAGAGUUUCAAGAUUGCAAAGUAGUAUUGCAUAGCUGGUUUUCUUACAUGUGAUGAUGGAGGAGAGAGGAAGACCCAGACUUAGGCAUGUAGUGAAAUAUGUACAGUUUCUGGCAUCAGUGUACUAUUUAUAGUCUAUAGCAUACAUUACUUGCAAAUGGGAAAAGUAUUUUAUAAUUAUUUUUGUACCUCAAAAUAAUUAUUAUAUUCUACUGUAUUAUAUUCAAAUUAAAGUUUAUUAUUUGAUUCUUA